UCACUCUCUCUCUCUCUAACUUAUGUGGUAUAUCUCUUAUAAAAGUCUAGAGAGGGGAAACUGAAGCUGAAGAUUUCAUCUGGUGAUGAUGGAAAGGAUUUAUGCAGAAAUAAUGUUGAACACCACCACUAUCACCAUAUUGUCUAAGCUCCCCGGGUUUUCAUCAAAAUGGUCAGAACUAUACUCACCUUGCUUGUGGGUGAACAGCAGCAUAAUUCUGCAACUUGGUUUUCUGGCAACAUUUUUCCUCCACUCGGCUUGUAAUAUGAUCUACUCGUUAUGCAAACAUGGAAGAAAGACAACAACAACAACAACAGUAGAUCAUAAGUACUCAAAUGGGGGAAAAUCAAAAUUUGGCCUCACAUAUAAAAUCAGCAUAUUUUCUUCCAUCUUACUUCUAUCAACUCACCUUCUGAUGUUACUUGUCCUACAAAGCAGAAAUGAUGGAUGCAAUUCUUAUGCAGAAAUCCUGCAAGUAACAACAUGUGCAGUUACAAUCUUUGCAUUAUACAGAGUGGCUAAGACUAGGCAAAGCAAGAUACCUUUGAUUUUGAGAGGCUGGUGGCUUCUCAAUUUCUUUCUAGUGUCAGCUCGUUUGGUUCUCGAUGCUCGUUUAAUCUUCACUGCUCGUGAAUAUGGUGACCUGAUUGAGUUUCUUUUGUCUGCUUUUCUCAUGGGAAUAUCAAUUCGAGGAAAAUCGGGGAUUCAAAUUGAGUUUUCAGAUUCCACCAGUGAAGAAGAACCACUUCUCCAUCGAAAAAGAACGUGUUUGUACGAAAACACUACUAUUUUCCAACGCAUUAGCUUUUCAUGGCUAAACCCCUUGUUUUCCGUUGGGAACAAGAAACCACUCGAACAGAAUGAAGUUCCUGACGUUGACUUCAAUGAUUCGGCUGCGUUUCUAUCGUGUUCGUUCGACGAAUGUCUAAAGCGGGUCAAGGAGAGUGACGGGAGUUUGAAACCAUCGAUCUACAAGGCUAUCUAUCUGCUUAUAAGGAAAAAGGCGGCGAUAAAUGCAUUUUUCGCUGUUAUUAAUGCAAUUUCGUCGUACGUUGGACCGUACCUUAUAGAAGAUUUUGUGAAUUACCUAAAUGAAAAGGAAACGAAAAGCUUGAAGACUGGUUACCUUAUUGCAUUGGGUUUUCUCGUAGCAAAAAUGAUAGAAACGAUAUCUCAGAGGCAAUGGAUAUUCGGGGCACGUCAGUUAGGACUCCGACUAAGAGCAGCUUUGAUUUCACACAUAUAUAAAAAGGGACUCAUCCUGUCGAGUCAAGCGCGUCAAAGCAGGACCAGUGGAGAGAUUGUAAAUUACAUGAGUGUGGACAUUCAAAGAAUCACGGAUUUCAUUUGGUAUAUGAACACAAUCUGGAUGUUGCCUAUACAGAUCUUUCUCGCGAUAACAAUUCUUCACAAAGAUAUCGGAUUGGGCUCGAUAGUGAGCUUAGCCACGACUUUAUUUGUGAUGGCUAUCAAUAUACCAUUAACUAGAACUAACAAGGCAUACCAGUCGAAGAUUAUGGAUGCAAAGGAUGAGAGGAUGAAAUCGACCACAGAAAUUCUUAGAAACAUGAAGACUCUGAAACUACAAGCGUGGGAUAAUCACUACCUUCGAAAGAUGGAAAGCCUGAGGAGAAUAGAGUAUAAUUGGAUAUGGAAAUCUUUAAGGUUGCAAGCGAUUAUGAGCUUCAUUUUCUGGGGCUCACCAACGUUCAUUUCUGCGUCAACUUUUGUCGCGUGUCUUUUGAUGGGGAUUCCAUUAACGUCUGGGAGAGUUCUAUCGGCGUUGGCUACAUUCCAGAUGUUGCAGUCACCGAUAUUUAAUUUACCCGAUUUACUCAAUGUGAUUGCGCAGGGGAAGGUCUCGGCUGAUCGAAUCGCAUCUUACCUGCAAGAAGAUGAGAUUAAAACUGAUGCAGUUAUGUUUGUAGUAAAGGAUCAAACCGAGUACUCUAUAGAAAUUGAUAAUGGGAGAUUCAGUUGGGAUUCUGAUACAAGAAGACCGACUCUGGAUUCAAUAAGUUUACGUGUUAAAAAGGGAAUGCGGGUCGCGAUAUGUGGUACAGUUGGAUCUGGUAAAUCGAGCUUGCUAUCGUGUAUAUUGGGGGAGAUGGACAAAAUUUCAGGGACGGUUAUGGUUGGUGGCUCAACUGCUUAUGUUCCACAGUCUGCAUGGAUACAAUCGGGUAAUGUUAGAGAUAACAUUCUAUUUGGGAGUCCGUAUGAUAUCGCGAAUUAUCAUAGAACAGUCAAGGCAUGUGCGUUGAUAAAGGAUUUAGAGUUAUUCUCUGCUGGAGAUUUGACAGAGAUUGGAGAAAGAGGGAUAAAUAUGAGUGGGGGACAGAAACAGAGGAUUCAAAUUGCUCGUUCUGUUUAUCAGGAUGCUGAUAUUUAUCUUCUUGAUGACCCUUUUAGUGCCGUUGAUGCACACACAGGAAGACAACUAUUUGAGGACUGUAUAAUGGGAAUACUUAAAGACAAGACAAUACUUUAUGUUACCCAUCAAGUUGAAUUUCUUCCAGCUGCAGACCUCAUUCUGGUAAUGCAAAAUGGACAAAUUAAACAAGCUGGAACAUUUAAAGAGCUAUUAGAUCAGAAUACCGGAUUUGAAGUUUUAGUCGGUGCCCAUAGCCAAGCAUUGGAAUCCGUGGCAAUCAUUGAAAAUUCAAGCAGGGAACAUCAAGAAAAUGGACUAGAUUCAGAGACCAUUGUGGAUUCUCACUCAGUAAAUGGAGAAACUUUACAAACUCAACAUGAGCUAAAAAAUGAUCUCUCCGAAGAGAUAAACGACAAGGAAGGAAAAUUAGUGCAUGACGAAGAAAGAGAGAAGGGAAGAAUAGCAAAAGAAGUAUACCUGUCUUACUUGACUGCAGUAAGAGGUGGAGCUUUAGUUCCAAUUAUAAUCCUGGCUCAGUCAACUUUCCAGGCAUUGCAAAUAGCCAGUAACUACUGGAUGGCUUGGUCUUGCCCUUCAAACAGUAGCACUAAAUCAAUAUCAGAGAUGAAAUUCGUGUUACUCGUCUAUGUACUUCUUGCUUUUGGAAGUUCUUUCUGCGUUCUUGUCCGAUCCACGUUAGUUGCAAUAGCAGGACUCUUAACAGCAGAAAAUUUCUUUACCAAGAUGCUACAUAGUGUGUUCCAUGCUCCAAUGGCCUUCUUUGAUUCAACUCCUACUGGGAGAAUCUUGAAUCGGGUAUCUUCUGACCAAAGUGUGCUAGAUUUGGAGAUGGCAAACAGACUAGGAUCGUGUGCUUUCGCAUUAAUUCAGCUUCUAGGGACAAUAAUAGUCAUGUCACAAGUAGCAUGGGAAGUAUUCGCUAUUCUUGUUCCAGUCACAGCUAUCUGCAUAUUGUAUCAACAAUACUACAUACCAACAGCAAGGGAACUAGCCCGCCUGUCAGAAAUUCAAAGAGCCCCAAUCCUUCAUCAUUUUGCAGAGUCGCUUACUGGAGCCACAACUAUCCGUGCUUUUAACCAGAAAGAUAGGUUCACUGAUGUAAACCUCGAACUCAUUGAUGGACACUCUAGGCCAUGGUUCCAUAAUGUUGUGGCAAUGGAAUGGCUUUCAUUCAGACUGAAUCAAUUGUCCAAUUUUGUUUUUGCCUUUUCUCUAAUUCUGCUAGUAUCCCUACCUGAAGGAGUUAUAAAUCCAAGUAUUGCAGGAUUAACGGUUACAUAUGGAAUUAAUUUGAAUGUUCUGCAAGCAUCGUUUAUAUGGUCUGUAUGCAAUGCAGAGAACAAAAUAAUAUCAGUUGAAAGAAUUCUUCAGUAUACAAAAGUUCCAAGUGAAUCACCCAUGGAAAUUGAAGAAAGUAGACCCUCUAAUGACUGGCCAGAAAAUGGGACGAUUUCAUUUGCCAAUUUGCAGAUUCGCUAUGCUGAGCAUCUACCAUCAGUAUUGAAAAACAUAACAUGCACGUUUCCUGGAGGGAAGAAAAUAGGCGUAGUAGGAAGAACAGGAAGUGGAAAGUCAACCUUGAUACAAGCCAUCUUCCGAAUCAUUGAGCCUAGAGAAGGGAGCAUCAUUAUUGAUGAUGUAGAUAUUUCCAAAAUAGGGCUUCAUGAUUUAAGAUCAAGGCUGAGCAUCAUACCCCAAGAUCCAACUCUGUUUGAAGGCACUGUGAGAGGAAAUCUCGACCCACUUCAGCAGCAUUCUGACCAUGAAAUAUGGCAGGCACUAGACAAGUGCCAACUUGGUGAUCUUGUGUCGCAAAAGGAAGAGAAGUUAGAUUCCCCAGUGGUUGAAAAUGGGGAGAACUGGAGUGUUGGGCAAAGGCAGUUAUUUUGUCUAGGCAGAGCCUUGUUGAAGAAGAGUACCAUUCUCGUUCUGGAUGAAGCAACGGCAUCUGUAGAUUCAGCAACUGACGGGGUAAUACAGAAGAUUAUUAGUCAGGAGUUUGAAGAUCGAACUGUAGUGACAAUUGCUCACAGAAUCCACACAGUCAUAGAAAGUGACUUUAUAUUAGUGUUGAGUGAUGGAAGAAUAGCAGAAUUUGACAGUCCCACAAAGCUGCUGGAGAAUUCAGAUUCUUUCUUUUCAAAGUUGAUCAAGGAAUACUCAUCAAGAUCACAAGGUUUCAGCAGCUUAACAAACAAAUAAAGCAAAAUUCUCUAGAAUUCCUGCUUCAAAGAGUUCAACAUAAGCCGUAAUAAGGAGAUGCAAUUUUGAAGAAGUGGCCGCAAACCUUCAUCUCCCUUGUCGAGAAAUAAUCUCAUGUGUAUCACGAAUUGAAGUCUUGAACAAUCAUUAAGUGUGCUUAGAUCUGUAGUAAGACAUUUCCACUAGUUAAAUUAUUUGUACUACCUCAUCUGAUUAGAAUUAAACCUAA